AUGACCCCUACCAAGCUGGAAGAGGUCGCGCCGAAGCGGAAGAAUGCCAAAACCGAUGGCGCGAAGAGUCGCAACAACACGAGCGAGAUCAAGACGGAGCUCGACAACAAUCGCGACGACAAGGGCGAUGCUAUGCCAAAGCGCAAGAACAACAUCUCGGUGUCCCAAGGCGCCAAAGGCCAACAAGAUGCAGCUGUGGACUUGUUCAACGCUUUCCUUCGGUCGACGAAUCAGUCGUGGCAGCACGUCAAAGCGACUUGGAAAUUGAUGAAGGUCGCCGAGAACACCGGCGAAGAGCGUCCGAAGCCUGAUAUCUACGACGUACUCGAAGAAUUCGCCAAGUUCUUGUACAACUACGACACUGCAAAAGCACGCAACGCGAACCGCUGCUUUUCUAGUCAAACAGCAGACAACUACUUGUCUCAGGCCAAGACCACAUUGAUGCAGCACUUGGGUCCAUUGGACCAAACUCGGUGCUCGGCCAUUCGUAACUCCAUGAAGAAGAUCUUCGUUGAGCGUGAAAUUUUAAUCCUCUCGCCACCGAGUCCUCUCGUGUUUUCGAUCAUCAAGAUGAAGGACCUUUCACCCGAAGUUGACGGCACUCAGGCAUAUUCGCAGCUUGAUGCCAAGCUGCGCGGCGUAACAGACGAUGCUGAUGAAGAAGGCACUGAAGAAGCAAGCGGCGAUACCACCGCGAUCCACGAGAAGGUCCGAAAGCGACCAUCAAUUGCGCAGCAUAUCAAUGCCGAGCUCAAGAAGCUUCAGGCCAAGUUUGACGCCAAUUUCGACAAUGCGACCCAUCGGGGUCUCGAAGAUCGACACUUGACGCCAGGUAUGGCGUAA